AUGGCUUUUAUUCUGCUUAUUCUGUUUAUUCUCUUUCUUUUCUUCUGUUUAUCUUCUGUUUGUGUUUUGGUGACCUCUGAAGGUUAUAGCCGCGAGACGAUCUCAGCCCCAAACACCGACACCCCCUCCCACAACAGCGGGGUUUGUGCACAGUGGACAAGCGCGCACUAA